UGCGGGGUUGCAGAGUGCCCUUUUCCCGGCACUCCUCUUCCUAUUGGCUUUCGGCAUUCCCGAGGGCGGGGCUGAGCGUCGUGACGUAGUGCUUGCCUCGCCGCUGCUGUGAGAGCGGUUCCCCGAGCGACGGCGGCCAGCGGCCCACCAUGGAGCGCAGGGUGGUCAAGCCACCGGGCCAGGACUUGAUAGUGGAGCGUCUUAAAAGCCGCUACGGCCUGGCGGGAAGCUGCUUCGUGGAGCGUGAGUUUUCAAGUUUUGAUCAUACUAAAUAUAAAAGAAGAAUUCUAACCUCCCCAGAUGGUUUGGACACUUACUGCUCUGGAGAUAAAAUUGGCUCAUCACUGAGAUGUUACUCUGAUGAAAGGAAGCAUUCUACAACACCAUUUUGCAGUUCCUCCAAACACUUCAAUGUGAACUGCCUAGAUGAUGACCUGGAUUCUUCUCAUGACUUAACGAGAUGGGAAACAGAAAAAGAAUUAAUCGAAGAUGAUCACAGAGAUGGUGCCUCCAAAAUAACAAAGCAGUCCUUCAAAGAAACAGAAAAAGAUGUUCUGCCAACUAACAUGGCCUCCUCAAGACUUCAGACUGAAUGUUGCAGUGAUUCCAUUGACUCUUCUCUGAAACAUGCCAUUUAUCCAAAACCCAAAGUGUCAAAGAAGCAGGGUUUGCGUCCACAUGAAAUAAAUCAAAUAUAUGAUGAGUUGUUUCAUAUACAUCUGAAACUGCAGGGUGAAACUGCAGCACAGCAGAAAUUUGCUGAAGAACUUCAAAAACGAGAACAGUUUUUAGCAGAACGAGAACAGCUGCUUUUCAGGCAUGAAACUGCCUUGAGCAAAAUCAAAGGUGUUGAAGAAGAGGUUAUGACAAGAUUUCAAAUUUUAAAGGAGCAACACAGUGCAGAAGUUGACUACCUAACGGAAGCUCUUAAGGAAAAGAAUAAAGAAAGCAAGAGAAUGAGGUCCUCCUUUGAUGCCCUAAGAGAGCUGAAUGAUAGCUUAAGAAAACAGCUAAAUGAAGUAAGUGAAGAAAACAGGAAGAUGGAGAUUCAGGCUAAAAGGGUUCAAGCUCGUUUAGAUAACUUACAGAGGAAAUAUGAGUUCAUGACAGUACAGAGACUGAAAGGAGACUCCCAUGCUGCUCAGGAAAUGAAAAGUCUAAAACAAGAAAAAGCACCAGCUUCAAAGCCUUUCAAGACAGCACUCAAUGGACAAGUGUAUGAACUGUUGAUUGUGUUCAUGGACUGGAUAUCAGACCACCAUCUUAGCAAAGUGGAGCCUGAAGAGCCUGGUGUGGAUGGUGAAAAACCAUCAUUCAAACCUCCUCAGAGAAGUGACAUUCAAGAGAAGUGUGUAAAGCUUUUGCCUCUGAUGACAGAGCAGCUGCAGUGGAUGCCAUUUGUGAACCCCAAACUGCAUGAACCGUUCGUAAAGUUUAUAUACUGGUCUCUAAGGCAGCUAGAUGCUGGCACACAGCAUUCAACUAUGACCUCAACAUUAAGGAGAUUGGGUGAAGACAUAUUUAAAGGAGUUGUCAUUAAAGGAAUUCAGGAUAAUUCUUUAGAACAUUCUGUGGAGAACAAACCAAAGGCAGCAUCGUUCUUCAAGAGCUCCAGUUUGUCACUAAGAUUUUUGUCAACCUUAAUUGUCCUCAAAACAGUCACUCAAGCUGACUACCUAGCUCAAGCAUUUGAUUCCCUUUGUUUGGACUUGAAGACAGAUGAAGGAAAAACCCUAUUUUUGGAGUACCAAGCUGUUCCAGUGAUACUGAGACACCUGAGAAUAUCCAGUAAAGGGCUCUUAUCCAACGUCAUCGACAGUUUGCUUCAGAUGACAGUGGAAUCCAAGGCCCUGCAGCCUUUCCUGGAAGCCUGCAGCAGCUCUUUAUUUUUUCGUACUUGUUCUGUACUGCUUCGGACCCCUAAACUUGAUCUUCACAUCCUAGAAAAGCUCAGUAUUAUCCUACAGAAGCUUUCCAAAAUCAAGAGUAACAAGAAGCUCUUUGAAGUUUUUACCAUUCACCUAAUGCUUCAGGAAAUACAAAGGACAACACAUCCAGAGCACGCCUUUCUCUGUAUUAACCUAAAUUCAACUCUGUUCAAUCUGGGUUUAACAAAAUGUAACUCCGUGGUCUCUAGUACAAGCCAUUAGAAAAGUGUGUGUGUGUGUAUGUGUGUACAUGUGUUCAUUAUUUCUAACAGUAUAAAAAUCACCAAAGUAGAUUCUACAGAGUAAAGUUAUCAACAACAAUUUAUCAUGAAAGUUAUCUAGAAGAAUUUUUUCAUCUGUGUAAACGAGACCUGUAAAACCCAUGCAAGUUUUAGAAUGUUUCCAUUUAAGGUAAUACUAAUGUACAAGGUAGCAUUUCUAGAACUUAAAGCACCAGGGUUACUUUUUAUAAAACUAUUUUUGGAAAAGUCUUUCUUGAAAUUAUGUGAUUACUUGGAACAUAAUUUGUUCUUGUGUGGAAAUAAACUAUGCUAUCAUUUUUUCCUUAAUAUAGUAUAAUCUCUUCUUUUGAUU